AUGACAACAGCAUCUUGUAUCCUUCCGUCUCAAGCUAUUCAACAGGAUAACAUCUACGGUCUCUCUCAAAUAACUAAUAGUCUUUUUAUUAGUAACUCGGCGGUAGCUAACGACAAGCUCACCUUGUCCAACAACCACAUCACCACGGUCAUCAAUGCCUCCGUAGAAGUUGUGAACACGUUCUUUGAUGAUAUUCAAUACGUGCAAGUGCCGGUGAGCGAUGCUCCAAAUUCUUACCUCUACGACUUUUUUGAUCCCAUAGCUGAUCACAUCCAUGGCGUGGAAAUGAGGAAUGGCCGUACACUGUUGCACUGUGCCGCAGGAGUGAGCCGCUCAGCCGCCCUCUGCCUUGCCUAUCUCAUGAAAUACCACACCAUGACCCUGCUGGAUGCGCACACAUGGACCAAGUCCUGCCGCCCCAUUAUCCGUCCCAACAAUGGCUUUUGGGAACAACUGAUUCAUUACGAGUUCAAGCUGUUUAGUAGGAAUACGGUUCACAUGAUCUACUCUCCUGUGGGUCUGAUUCCUAACAUCUAUGAAAAGGAGGCUUAUUUAAUGGAGCUAAUGUAA